AUGAACGACCCUGAAGAUACAGAGGAACUGGAGCAGAUGCUGAAGGGAGAGAUACAGGUUCCAGAAAACCCUUACUUUAAGGACUGUCUCAUAGACAAUGUUGACAAGAUAGUAGGUAAGGAGAAGACUCAUACAGAAAGGUCAUCAAAACAGAAAGCAGCUCUCUGGUCUUUGCCAACUUGUACCUAUCUGGAUCAGACAGUUAUGCCUAUUUUGUUAACGGGAACUUCUGUGCUUGCAAAAGGAAGACCACCAAAUCCCACUGAAUUUCUAGCAUUCUAUCUUUUUAAAAACAAGGCACAGUUUGAAGAUCGAAACUGA